AAAGUUCCCGGAUGCGGCCCGGGUUCCCGGAUGACGCCAGAGUCCCGGUGCAGGGCGCCCUGCCCGGGGUGACGGGAGCGGCGCAGGCAGCGGGGUCAUGCCUGGAAGCCGAGCCCGACUCGCAGGAGGGAACCAUGACUGUGCCGUGCGGAGCAGAGGGAACCUCAUCCGGUAACAAGCUCACGGUCGUGGCCCCCACCUCGUCCACGGAGGUGCUGGCGGCGACCGAUGAGUGGCUGAGCACAGAAUUCUGCUGCCCUCCCCAGUGCCAGCAGGAACCCUCCCCGUUACCGGACGCUGCACGAGAGCACAGCAUGUCUGUACCGAAUAAGUCUGUCCUGCAAGAGGAGGACGAUGGCAUUCCGGCUGCUCGGAUCACUCUGUUUGCGCCGGAGCGACUCCAUCUCAAGUGGGAGAGGAACGUGUGUGAGGGUGCCGGCCUGCAGAACCUCGGCAACACCUGUUUCCUCAAUGCCACGCUGCAGUGCCUGACGUACACGCCGCCGCUCGCAAACUACCUGCUUCUGCAAGAGCACUCGCGCACCUGCAAACGGAGCGACUUCUGCCUGAUGUGCUUGAUGGAGAGUCACGUCAUCAGCACGUUCAACAACUCCAUCGGCAUCAUACAACCCAUACUCAUCACUCGGAACCUCACACGUAUCGCCAAACACCUACGUUUUGGAGAACAGGAGGAUGCCCAUGAGUUUUUAAGAUACAUGGUAGAUGCCAUGCAACUCUCGUGCCUCUAUGACCACAGCGAACUGGACAGGUACACGGAGGCUACCACUCUCAUCUACCAAAUCUUUGGAGGGUAUCUACGAUCACGAGUUGAGUGCAUGCAGUGCUUGGGCACCUCCAUUACCUAUGAAACGUGCCUGGACAUUGCACUCCAAAUCAAUAACUCCUCAGAUCUGGUGGAGGCUUUUCGCGAGUUUGUCAAGAUGGAGACCCUGGAUGACUACACCUGUGGAACGUGCUGUCGCAAGGUCAAAGCGACAAAGAAAUUAACUCUACACCGCCUGCCGAACGUGCUCACCAUCUCAAUAAAGCGCUACAGCUACUUUGGCACCAAGAUUAGCCGGGACAUCACCUAUCCGGAGCACCUGGAUGUGCAACCCUUCAUGUCGAAGUCCCCGGGCGAGCCCGUGAUAUACAUCCUGUAUUCAGUGCUGGUGCACGCAGGCACCGACUGCGACAUUGGACAUUAUUAUUGCUAUAAUAAGAUCAGCGAUGGAAAUUGGUACUGCAUGAACGACUCCCUCGUGCGGCGGGUCGACACUGGUGUGGUGAUGAACGAGCAGGCCUACAUGCUCUUCUAUAUUCGAUGCCCAGAGUUGAGCGCGAUACCGGCCGACAGUUACCGCCCGCUGGGGCAGGCGACGGCAGCGGCGGCGUACCGGGCGGCCCUGAAGAAGCGGGCACGCCCGGCGCUGGACACUCCGGGCCCUGUCUCUGGACCACAGCUCCCCUGUCAUAUGGCCAAGAAAUCAGAAGUGCCCAAGCUAUCGGACCGCUUCAACGGGAGCAAUGGCAGCGGCAACUGCAAUGGCAACGGCAGAAGCAGCAGCAGCAUCGGCAUGGCUAACAUUAUCAGCAACAGCAGCAACAACAGCACCAGCAGCAGCAGCAAUGGAAGAGCCGUCAACGGAAUCGCCGGCAAGCAGGCGGUCAAUAUCAAGAGCAACGGCAGCUCGUCCGUGCGUCAGCGCAAGCGGCACAACUGGCAAGCGGCCUCCUCCGCCGCUGCCCAAGCCGCUGGCAUGUGCUGCGGCGCAGGUGCAGCUGAAGCCGCCCAACCCGGCCGCCUUCGUGAGGAACCCCACGUGCCCGGGUCAGCCCUUCCCGCAGAGACUGCGCGCCGAGCUCAAGUCGGCACGUGACACGAACGGUGCGGCGUUCGCCGCGGCGGACGGGGCUUCUGCGCGGCCCGCCAAUGGUGCGACUCGCGACAAGCCGGCGAGCAACGGCGGCGAGGCCGCCGCGUCGACGAGACCUGACGGUGCGACCGAGGCCGCGUCGCCUCUGUCGAAGGGGGCCGC